ACAUCUUCUUCCACUGACUGAUAAAGCCGCUACACCGAGAAGUAGAGGCAGGACCGAGGAAAUAAGAACAUAGCUUAGGAAAACCCAUUUUAUUCUUGUUUGACUGAAUAUAGAGUUAUUUUUUAUCCGGACAUGACGGACUGAGAUAAAGUAACUCGAACAUCUUUACAUUCUGAAGUGUUGGACUUUUCCUGACUGUUUUCAACGGGAGGAGGUGAUAGGUUACAGUGCUGCGGUUCGUGAGUUAUAACGGUUAUAGGGUUCGGUGACGUCAUUACGUGUGGAAGGGGGCUUUACAAAGUGUUCACUUGUAAACCGGAAGACUACGUAGACAGCCGUUACUUUACAAGCAGGAGCAGAGAAAGCAGAGCAGACGGUGACGUUGACAGAAAAAGACAAGGAGAGUGGAAUAGGGGACAGCAGGAGGAAGAAACACCAACCCCCAGCUAUCUGCCUACCUGAGAGUGCCGCAUCAUGGGGAAACAGAACAGCAAGCUGCGGCCGGAGGUCUUGAACGACCUGAGAGAAAACACAGAGUUCACCGACCAUGAGCUGCAGGAGUGGUACCGCGGCUUCCUCAAGGACUGUCCCACCGGCCACCUAACCGUGGAGGAGUUCAAGAAGAUCUACGCCAAUUUCUUCCCCUACGGAGACGCCUCAAAGUUCGCAGAGCACGUCUUCCGCACGUUCGACACCAACGGGGAUGCCACCAUCGACUUCAGGGAGUUCAUCAUCGCCUUGAGUGUGACGUCCCGCGGCGGGCUGGAGCAGAAGCUGCGCUGGGCCUUCAGUAUGUACGACUUGGAUGGGAACGGCUACAUCAGCCGGGCAGAGAUGCUGGAAAUAGUUCAGGCGAUUUACAAGAUGGUGUCAUCAGUGAUGAAGAUGCCCGAGGAUGAAUCAACACCAGAGAAAAGGACAGACAAGAUCUUCAGACAGAUGGACAUCGACAAUGAUGGUAGAUUGUCUUUGGAGGAGUUCAUCAAAGGUGCCAAGAGCGACCCGUCCAUCGUCAGACUGCUGCAGUCGGAUCAGGGAGCCGCUCGCCAGUUCUGAGUGCAGAGACUAUGAUACACACUUUCUAUUACACAAUCACAAACCCACAUCCAUCCAGCUUUAGAGGCUUGAAUGUCCUCACACCAACCCUGGACAGACAGUCCCUUAGUUUUCAGAACACUCUUUGUCUUAAUGUUUACAUUGAUUUUCUUUAGUAUGGCUUCUUCUCUGUGGACUCCUUAGGUGCCCUUGGUUAAGGUAUUCCUGUUGAACACUCCUUUUCCUUUAAAUGGUUUCUUCUUCUUCUCCCACAUAAGUGAAGUGCCAUAUCAUGUAUUUAUACUGACUGGAUCAUGUGCAAGUAUUAUGACCCCCAUUAUGUUACACUAAGAGGAAACUAAUUACAACAUAAUUUGAUUCAACUUAAGUGUGUUGACAAGUGGCUUAUUGUUCAGGACUGCAGCUGAACAAGUUCUGUAUGCCUUUGGUAUUGCAUGUGCUCAGUGAUAAGCGUUUUCUGAUAUUGUAACAGUUUAUGUGAACAAGGAGGCCGUGAUGGUUUUUAUUCCUUUUUAUUUUUGUAACAAAAAUGUCAUUUUGUUUUCACACAAUUGAAAUAAAGUCGUGUAAGAAAAAUCUA